AUGAAACGUGGCCAUUGCCCAUUUACACCCUCGAACGCGCCUUCCGAAGCGGGCCUCAAGACAAUCCACCCCACCAAAAUAGAGCACGCGCUUGGUCUCAACAUACCAAGCCCUGAGCCAACAUCGACCCCUCCAGCCUAUCGCGAGCCACUCAUUGCCUCAGCCUUGACCUUUGGUAAACGUGGCUGGCCCACCGAGGUGAUUGAGCGCCCACUCCUCCUGCAUAGAAGCCUUGUCGCGAGAUCCUUGAUCACCACGCCUCGACCCCGGGAGUCCUUUACCAUGGCGGACCACCUCGCCGACGACUCCUUGACAGAAGACAUAUGGGCCUCGCCCACGGCCGAUAAACCUGUUCGCUCUCAGUCUGUGGAAAGGCCUCGGACGCCCAAGACGCCCAAGACGCCUAAGACACCGACUCGGGCGGCGUCGCCAACCUACGAUCAUGAAGCUGCCUUGCGUAAAGAGCUUGAAGGUGUUAAAAAUGUGAACCGGGCCAUUGAGGGUGUUAUCGGGACACUGGAGCGGGCCCAAGCAAACAUGGGUACUGUGUCCGGAACCGUUUCCAAUGCCUCGGCGCUGCUCAACACCUGGACACGGAUAUUAUCACAAACGGAACACAACCAACGUUUGGUUCUUAACCCAAGCUGGAAGGGUUCGACUCAAGAUAUCCUCGAUAUUGAGGCCGAGGCGAUACAGAAGCAGCAAGCGGCAGAGCGCCGAGCACUCGAAGUGGAGAGGAGGCGCGAGGAGGCGAAGCGCCGCGCGGAAGAGGAAGAGCGCAGGAGACAAGCUGGUACCACUGCCGCUCCUCGAGCGACGCGAGGACUUCGGAGUCGCGGCCGAGGCGGCCGUUAUUGCACCAUUUAG